GGGCUAUUAUAUGGAAUGGGCCAGGCCCAUAUGUGCAUUUCCUUUUUAACUGGUGAAGUUACAGUUGGCCUCCACAUGGCGGCAAGUCGGAGCCCCGAAAUCCGCAAGGACGCGGUUCACAACCGGUGGGUGAUCUUCUCUCCGGCGAGAGCUCGCCGGCCGUCGGAUUUCAAGUCGAAGAACGAUCCGAGCCAGAACUCGAGGAACCAGGUCGAAUGCGCUUUCUGCGCCGGCCACGAGAAUGAGUGCGCGCCGGAGAUUUUUAGGUUUCCUCCGGAAUCUACCUCCGAUUGGCAGAUUCGAGUUAUUCAGAACCUCUAUCCUGCUCUCAGUCGAGAUUUGGAUCCAUCGAGUGAAGAUUGCGCCGGGGGAUUGGUCACGGUUUCUGGAUUCGGAUUUCACGACGUGGUGAUUGAGUCGCCGUCUCACCCGAUUGUUCUCACCGAUCUUUCCCCGGCGCAAGUCGCCGGCGUUUUGCUCGCUUAUAAGAAAAGGAUCGAUCAGCUUCGCCUACUCGAUUCCAUCAAAUAUGUCCAGGUUUUCAAAAACCAUGGUGCCUCAGCAGGGGCAUCAAUGAGUCAUUCACAUAGUCAGAUUAUGGGGCUUCCUGUUGUUCCACCAACAGCUUCUGCAAGGAUUCAGAGUAUGAAGGAGCAUUAUAACGAAACUGGAGAGUGUGCUCUCUGUGAAGCUACGCGCAACAACAACCAUCUGUUAAUUGAUGAAUCUGGUCAUUUUUCAUCGAUUACACCAUUUGCGGCAGCAUUCCCUUUCGAGAUAUGGAUAAUUCCACGCAAGCACUCGUGGCACUUCCAUGACAUUGACAAUGAUAAGGCAUCUGAUCUUGGUGGUCUGCUGAAACUUACUCUUGCCAAGAUGUCGGCGCAGCUGAACAACCCACCAUACAACUUCGUCAUUCACAGCGCUCUGCUCCACAUCGACCCAUCCCAAACACCAUUCAAUCACUGGUUCAUACAGAUAGUUCCCCAACUAACUGUCCUCGGCGGAUUCGAGUUAGGAACAGGUUGCUACAUAAACCCUGUUUUCCCAGAAGAAGCUGCAAAGCUCUUGAGGGAAGUAAAACUACCUUAAUUUAAAUUAGAAAAGACACUAUAUAUAUAUAUGAAAUUAAAAAUAAUGAUGAUUUUAUCUUGAACUGAAAAUAGGUUCUGCCUCAGCUGUUGGCUGAGUUCUUCUACUGUAUUUCAGGAGCAAACCUUCUGAUGAAAGCCCAGGUACUUUUAGAUCCCUAAAAAACAAACAUAAAAAAAAGUGUGUUACAACAGCCAAAUUGCUAACUGUAUUUCUUCUA